AACGAAACUAACUUUAUGGGAGAAGGAGCUAUGGCUGCGGGUGGGGACCCCGUGCGGGACCUGUGCGAGGAGGCCACCUGCCCCAUCUGCCUGGACUUCUUCCAGGGCCCGGUGAUCAUCCCCGGGUGCGGGCACAGCUUCUGCCGCUCCUGCCUGAGCCCAAGCCUAAGCCUGAGCCUGGCAGGUGGGAGCGAGGAGAGGUCCCUCUGUUCUUGCCCCCAGUGCAGGCAGGCCUUCCAGCCGGGGAGCCUCUUCCCAAACCGGCAGCUGGCCAACCUGGUCGAAAUCGCCAAGAAGCUGAGAGAUCAAGGGAACAGAGGGCAAGGGCAAGGAGGAGCCUGCCAGAAGCACCAGGAGCCCCUCAAGCUCUUCUGCAAGGAGGACCGGAGCCCCAUCUGCGUGGUCUGCGACCGGGCCAAGGAGCACCGAGAGCACACGGUCAUUCCUCUGCAGGAGGCGGCCCAGGAAUACCAAGAUCUGGUCUCUAUUCAGCUGAAGCUGCUGGAGGUGAAGAGAGGCAAAAUUCUGGAAAAUAUAGUAGAUACGGAAAAGGAGGGUCAAGAGCUGUUUGAAUUAACACAAACUGAGAGGCAACAUACAGUGACUCAGGUCCAGGAAAUACGUCAUUUCCUUGAAGAACAGGAGAAACUUCUGCUGGCCCAGAUGGAUAAAGUCGAGGAGGAGUUGGCAAGGCAGAAGGAGAGGAAUGGGGCCAGGCUCAUUGAGGAACUUGACUCUGUUGACAGCAUCAUCUGGGAGCUAGAGAAGAAGAGGCAGCAGCCAGCCAGUGAACUUCUGAAGGAUGUGCAAGGCGUCUUGCAGAGGAGUGAAGAGAAGGCAGCAAUAUUUCAGAAUCCAGUGACUUUCUCUCCGGAGUUGAAAUUGAAGAUCUGGGACUUCUGUGAUAUAAAUCACUUUCUCAAAGCCAGCACAGAACAAUUCAAAAAAGCUCUCUUAAAUGGACUACCAAUGAAAAAAGCAAAUGUGAGUCUGGACCAAGACACUGCUCAUCCUCGACUCGUCUUAUCCGAAGACUGUAAAAGUGUAGGAUGGGGAGAGAAACCUCAAGACCUGCCCAAGAACCUUAAGAGGUUUGACCAACGUUCUUUCGUGCUGGGAUGUGAAGGAUUCACAACAGGCAGACAUCAUUGGGACGUGUUUGUAAAAGGUGAGGGGAUAUGGGCUGUGGGAGUGGUCAGAAAGUCUGUGAGGAGAAAAGGACCUGUGGAGUUUAGUCCUGAAGAAGGAAUCUGGGCCGUGGGGAAGUUGAACAACAAUUACAGGAGUAUAAGGCCUCCCGAGAACCCCGUUCUGCGCCUGAGAAGAGAGCCCUCAAGGAUCCGAGUGACUCUGAAUUGCACUGGAGAGCGUGUAGCCUUUUUUGAUGCCGAUACUGGAGACUUCCUUUAUGCAUUCUCUGCAAUCCCAUUCUCUGGAGAAACGCUUCAUCCUUACUUUUGUGUGAUUGAAAAAGGUCAGCUCCGUAUCUCCUCUUAAGACACAUAGUGUGAAAAAAAGUUAUUGUGGUACAGCUCCUAACAUUUUGCAGAUUUUAGCAGAUUGUUGUUCUCUCCAGAUCUAUUAUUUUGGGCUCAUGGUAGCCCUGGACUAGUUUGUCAGGUUUUCAAAACAAAUGAGGGACUGUGGCGCAGGCUGGUGAGCAGCCUGCUGCAAUAAAUCACUCUGACCAUGAGGUCAUGAGUUCGAGGCCAGCCUGUGGCGGGGUGAGCACCCGUCAAUUAAAAAUUAAAAAUAGUCCCUGCUCGUUGCUGACCUAGCAACCCGAAAGAUAGUUGCAUCUAUCAAGUAGGAAAUAAGGUACCACUUAUAAAGUGGGGAGGCAAAUUUAACUAAUUUACAACAUUGGAAUGAGGAAGUGCCGUCACAGUGGAUGAUGAAGCAGCUGCUCCCCCCUGUGGCCAGAAUCGAACAUCCCCUCAGAAGAAGGUUAAAUUGCCUCUGCGUCUGUCUGUCUCUGUCUCGGUUCUAUGUGUAUAUGGGCAUUGCAUUUUUGCCCUAUAUGUAUAUAAUGUGAUCCGCCCUGAGUCCCCUUCAGGGUGAGAAGGGCAGAAUAUAAAUACUGUAAAUAAAUAAAUAAAUAAAAUCCGUGAUAUACAGGGACUGACAAUUGGAAAGUACCCAUUAGUAAGUUUGUGUUCUGAUUUUGUACCAAAUAAAAGUAUUGAUUUCAGUUCACUUAACUAUACUUUUCUCUGUGAAAUUGCUGUCCACACUCAUGAAAUUAUGUGAUGUGCACAUUUCUGUCUUUAUGAAGGAAAGCCGAUUGAAUCCAUGGCUGGGGAACCCGUGGAUACUGGGGUCAGUACUCUGUAGUUUUUACUCAAUUUAGUUCCCUAGAUUUUGUUGAACAACAACUCCCAUCACUUCUCAUUACCUACCGUAUGGAGUGUCGGUAAUAGGAACAGCAACCCAAUAGGAUUUGUGGCUCAGAGGUUGGGAAAAGGUUAAUGAAUAUUUUAAAGCUGAGCAUCAUUUAUCUAUAAGCCGUGUAUCUAAAUUCAAAUCUCUCUAUCUUCACUAAACAGAACGAACCUUCCAGCCUUCCAGAUAUUACUGUAUCACAACUCCAAUCUGCUCUAGUCAUGAUGUCUAAUGAUGAGGAAUACAGGAGUUGUAAUCCAGCAUCUGGCGGGCCACAUAAAAUCACAUGGUGGGUUGGAUUCGGCCCACAGGCCUGAGUUUCAUACAUAUGCCUUAUAGUAAGGGACACUUUCUAAUAGGCUUGUGCAAUUUGGUUGGAGGGCAAUCUGUUUUUGGUAUCCAAAUUUCAUUGAGUACCCAGAUCCAUUUUCAGGAGCCUCCCAAAAAUCAGCAAAUAGAACAAUCUGUAUUUGGCUAGGCAGCCAAAAGAUCUGGGAAGAUCCAGCCAAUUGGCAGCAAUGGGAAACUUACAAUACUCCCCUUUCCAUUCCCGGGACCCUUUGCUUUCUACCUUUCAAGGGGGCCUGGGUUUGAGGAACAGGGUUAAAGAAGCGCCUUUCCUGGGACCAUGGCUGUGCAGAAGGGCCUUGGACUCGGGGUUCAAAUCCCUGUUCAGUUGUGAAUGCAGCAAUGUGAACUUUGCACACUAUCUCAGCUGGAGAGCAGUGGCAAACCUCUGAGGAAACCAUGCCAAGAAAACUGAUAAAAUGCCCUGAGAUCUGUGUUAACAGCAGCCUAAUUCACUUCUCGCCAGUCAUUACACAUAAAAUGUUCACAGGCAGAAUAAAAUCAUCCUGUAUUGCAAUUAAAGACCUUAUGAUUGAACCAUUA